AUGCCGAAAGAGCAAUUCCAUUUCACGCUACCUCACAGUGUACAAGGGUUUCAGCUUCGUGGAAACUCGGCCGAGAAAGCACAGCUGAGUUGGGCUCAAACGAACGGUCGUGCAGCCCUUGUGAUCUCCAUCCAAGAGACUGGCAGCAGUGAUGAAGCCAUAGACCUGGCGUCCGACACAUUCACGCCCAAGGACGUUUUGAGCGUGAGCAGACAUUACGAACUGUCCGCUUGCCCUCUUGUCUAUCCUGGUCAGACGAUCAUCGCCAAGGUACAGUCUACGGGCAGCAUUGAUUCUUUGAAGGCAUGCAUUCGAGUCAAAGCAUACGAUCAGAGUGGUCGUCUCAUCAUCUUGGACGGUGAUCAUUCAACGCUCAAGGAUCUUGAGCAAACAGAUCUGAGUUGGACCAUACCGGCCUCACUACAGAACAUGCCCAUACAGCAGGUCGGGAUUGCAGUCUCCUCCUCUGGCGUGGAUACCCAUGGCGAAGUCAGGCUGUUCAGCUUGUCAUGGAGCGGUACACCACAGUUGAGGAUACAACGCCCGCCUGCCAGCAAUGAAGAUCUAGGGGCUACUGAGUACACUGGGGACACUAGUUUCUGGGAAAGAUCAUUCGUUUCGUCGGUCGACAAAUUUCACUCAGCUAUGGGGCCCUCGUUCUUCCUUGCACAGUCCGAGGGAGAGGGCAUUAUCAGUCACGGUACCCGGGAAUGGACAGAUUAUCAGGUGACCGCCCACAACUUCACGGUCAAUCUGGGAGCUUCUUCCGGUGUCGCCGUACGCGUUCGGGGGUUGAAUCGAUGGUAUGGCUUGAUGUUCCUGCGAGUGGGAAAAGUCGCCUUGGUGAAAGCACGAGAUGAGGCGCGGAAGGAGCUUGCGACAAAAGCUUUGGAUUGGUCGCUCGACGCCAAAUACGAGAUUGCGAUCAAGGCUGAAGGUGGAAACCUCGCGUGCCGUAUUGGUGAUCUCGAGCUGCGCGCUUAUGACGACGAAUAUACCUCUGGCGGUGUUGGACUGGUCGUCACGGAGGGUUCGAUCUCGACAGACAGCAUAGAUAUUGGGCCCGUCGACGCUGGUAGGACGCUGACGAUCUUUUCGCCGGACAAUAAAGUAAGGACGUUCAGCUGA